AUGAGUCAGGAUGAUCGGAACAAGCUUGUCGAACAGGUCGUUGAUAUUUGUCAGACCGAUGCUGCCACUGCGAGAUCUUAUUUACAGUUGUUUAACUGGAAUCUCAACGAUGCCAUUGAGAAUCUUCUGAAUGCUGCCGAUGAUGGUUCUACGUCAGAAGAGUUUCCACUACAUCAGGAAGUGGUGUCAGGCAGCAACUCUUUUCGUGAAAGAGAACAACCACGACCUACUCCUGCCUCUGGUUCCUUUCAUCAAAGUGAAAGUAACUCUGGACCAAGGAUAGCUACACUUUCCUCGCUUGACGAUCGCAAGGGUCGUCAGCAUGGAACAGAUGAUGAACAGGGACAAGCUUUCUAUGUUGGUGGUGCGGAGCAUGGAGGUGGUGGUCAGCAGGUUCUUGGGCCACCACGACUGGAUAACCCAGAGUCCUUUGUCCAAGGCAUUUUCCGCGCAGCUCGUGAGGGCGGUGCGGAGACUCUGGACCACUCUCGAGUCUCUGAUCUCGGUUUUGACUCUGCGAGCCAUCGAGAAGCCUUUGCUGGCACUGGAUAUCGCCUUGGUGAAUCUCUCUCCGACCCGCUUGUGAAGGUGCCUGGAAAGCAGUCGUCUUCGAGGAGCGUUGGAGUGUCCUCUCACGGGUACGAUGGUGGGGAAGGGGAAGGUUCAAGUGAGGCCCAGUCCGUGGUUGUGAAAAUGUGGCAUAACGGUUUCAGUCUCGAUGAUGGACCUCUCCGGUCCUACACCGAUCCUGACUCCCUCGAAUUCAUGGCUGCUAUCAGGCAGGGACGCAUUCCUCCCGAAUUAAUUUCGUCGUCACGAAACCGCGAGGUCCAUGUCCUCCUGGAAGAUCACCACGACGAGCCAUACCAGCAGUCCCCAGCCCCGAAAGUGAAGGCCUUUUCUGGUGUGGGUCGGAUAUUAGGCAACCCAGCUCCCAAGGUGAUCACUAAUGCGCCCCCUGCUGUCACCGAUAUCACCUACUCUUCAUCCCUUCUUCGCUGUCCAGAAAUCGACCAGUCAAAACCGACUACUCAGUUACAAAUUCGAUUGCCUGACGGCUCCAGGUUGGUUGUUAAGUUGAAUCACCAACACACAGUACAGGAUCUGCGCGCCGCAAUAAUCAGUCAAAGGCCCGAGUUAGCGUCCCAGUCAUUCGGUCUGCACACCGCAUUCCCUCGAAAUGAGCUUACAGAUAACUCGGCCACGUUGGCAAGCGCAAAUCUACUCAACUCAACGCUUCUUGUUACCAGGAGCUGA